AUGGGGCAGCCACUGGCCUGCCUGGUGGCCCUGUGCCUGGCCCUGACCUCGGCCAGGGGCGUGGAGCUGCAUAGAGAGGGCAGAGCCCGCAACCACGGCCACGCCGUCUGCAGCACCUGGGGCGACUUCCACUACAAGACCUUCGACGGCGACGUCUACCGCUUCCCCGGCCUCUGCGACUACAACCUGGCCUCUGACUGCCGAGGCGCCUACAAGGAGUUUGCGGUGCACCUGAAGCACAGUCCCGGCCGCGGCGGGGGCCUCCCCCAGGUCGAGUACAUCCUGCUGACCGUCAAGGACGACACCAUCUACCUCACCCGCCAGCUGGUGGUGGUGAACGGGGCCAUGGUCAGCACCCCGCACUACAGCUCUGGGCUGCUCAUCGAGAAGAACGACGCCUACACCAAGGUCUUCUCCCGCGCCGGCCUGUCUCUCCUGUGGAACCGGGAGGACGCGCUCAUGCUGGAGCUGGACGGUAAAUUCCGGAACCACACCUGUGGCCUCUGCGGUGACUACAACGGCCUGCAGACCUACUCCGAGUUCCUCUCCGACGGUGUGCUCUUCAGUGCCAUCGAGUUCGGAAACAUGCAGAAAAUCAGCAAACCUGACAUGGUGUGCGACGACCCGGAGGAGGAGGAGCCGGCCCCCAAGUCCUGCUCUGAGCACUUUGCGGAGUGUGAGCGGCUGCUGACCGCCGUGGCCUUCGAGGGGUGCCUGAGCCUGGUGCCGCUGGAGCCCUACCUGCAGGCCUGUGCCCAGGACCGCUGCCAGUGCCCGGCCGGGGCCUCCUGCGUCUGCAGCACCAUCGCCGAGUUCUCCCGCCAAUGCUCGCACGCCGGCGGGCGGCCCGGGAACUGGAGGACGGCCUCGCUCUGCCCCAAGACGUGCCCCGGGAACAUGGUGUACCUGGAGAGUGGCUCGCCCUGCAUGGACACCUGCUCACACCUGGAGGUCAGCAACCUGUGUGAGGAGCACCGCAUGGACGGCUGCUUCUGCCCGGAAGGCACGGUGUACGAUGACAUCGGGGACAAGGGCUGCAUCCCGGUGAGCGAGUGUCCCUGCAAACUGCACGGACGGCUGUACGCGCCCGGCCAGCAGGUCAGCGAGCGCUGUGAGGAAUGCGUCUGUGCCGGCGGCCGCUGGGCCUGCAAAGACCUGCCGUGUCCCGGGACCUGCGCCCUGGAGGGCGGCUCCCACAUCACCACCUUUGACGGGAAGAAGUACACCUUCCACGGGGACUGCUACUACGUGCUGACCAAGAGCGACCAAGAGGACUCCUUCGCCCUCCUGGGCGAGCUGGCCCCCUGCGGCUCCACCGACAAGCAGACCUGCCUGAAGACUGUGGUGCUGCUGGCAGACAGAAAGAAGAAUGUGGUGGCCUUCAAGUCGGACGGCAGCGUGCUGCUGAAUGAGCUGCAGGUGAACCUGCCGCAUGUGACAGCGAGCUUCUCCAUCUUCCGGCCCUCCUCUCACCACCUGGUGGUCAGCACGGCCUUUGGCCUCAGGCUGCAGAUCCAGCUGAUGCCUGUCAUGCAGCUCUUCCUGACCCUGGACCAGGCCGCCCAGGGCCGCGUGCAGGGCCUGUGCGGGAACUUCAACGGCCAGGAGUGCGAUGACUUCAAGACGGCCAGCAGGCUGGUGGAGGCCACUGGGGCCAGCUUCGCCAACUCCUGGAAGGCCCAGGCGAGCUGCCGAGACAAAGGAGACUGGCUGGACGACCCCUGUUCUCUCAACAUCGAGAGUGCCAACUACGCCGAGCACUGGUGCUCCCUACUGAAGAAGGCGGAGACCCCCUUUGGCAGGUGCCAUUCCGCUGUGGACCCUGCAGAGUACUACAAGAGGUGCAAGUACGACACGUGCAACUGUCAGAACAGCGAGGACUGCAUGUGUGCCGCCCUGUCCUCCUAUGCCCGCGCCUGCGCCGCUCAGGGCGUCAUGCUGUGGGGCUGGCGGGAGCUCGUCUGCAACAAGGACGUGGACUCCUGCCCCAAGUCGCAGGUCUUCCUGUACAACCUGACCACCUGCCAGCACACCUGCCGCUCGCUGUCCGAGGGCGACACCCACUGCCUCCAGGGCUUCGCGCCCGUGGACGGCUGCGGCUGCCCCGACCACACCUUCCUGGACGAGAAGGGCCGCUGCGUGCCCCUGGCCAAGUGCUCCUGCUACCACCGCGGCCUCUACGUGGAGGCUGGGGAAGUGAUCCUGAGACAGGAGGAGCGAUGCGUCUGCCGGAACGCCAGGCUGCACUGCACGCAGGUCAAGCUGAUCGGCCAGAGCUGCGAGGCCCCGAAGAUUCACAUCGACUGUAACAACCUGACCGCACUGGCCACCCGGAACCCCCACCCCGUCAGCUGCCAGACGCUGGCUGCCGGCUCUUACCAGACAGAAUGCGUUAGUGGCUGCAUGUGCCCUGAGGGGCUGCUGGACGAUGGCCGUGGGGGCUGCGUUAAGGAGGAGGGAUGCCUGUGUAUGCACAACCAGGACCUGUACGCCCCCGGGGACAAGAUCAAAGUGGACUGCAACACCUGCACCUGCCAGAGGGGGCGCUGGGCCUGCACCCAGAACGUGUGCCACGGCACCUGCACCAUCUAUGGGAGCGGCCACUACAUCACCUUCGAUGGGAAGUACUACGACUUUGACGGACACUGCUCCUAUGUUGCUGCUCAGGACUACUGUGGCCAGAACACCUCACUGGGCUCCUUCAGCAUCAUCACUGAGAACGUUCCCUGUGGCACCACGGGUGUCACCUGCUCCAAGGCCAUCAAGAUCUUCAUUGGGAGGACAGAGCUGAAGCUGGAAGACAAGCACCAUACUGUGAUCCACCGUGACGUGGGCCAGCACGUGGCCUACACCACGCGCGAGGUGGGCCAGUACCUGGUGGUGGAGACCAGCACCGGUAUCAUCGUCAUCUGGGACAAGAAGACCACCAUCUUCAUCAAGCUGGCCCCCUCCUACAAGGGCACCGUGUGCGGCCUGUGCGGGAACUUUGACCAGCGCUCCAACAACGACUUCACCACGCGAGACCACAUGGUGGUGGACAGCGAGCUGGACUUUGGGAACAGCUGGAAGGAAGCCUCCACCUGCCCAGACGUGACCACCACCCCCGAGCCCUGCACCAAGAGACCGCACCGCCGCGCCUGGGCCGAGAAACAGUGCAGCAUCAUCAAAAGUCAGGUCUUCAGCAUCUGCCACAGCAAGGUGGACCCCAAGCCCUUCUACGAGGCCUGCGUCCAUGACUCCUGCUCCUGUGACAGCGGCGGGGACUGCGAGUGCUUCUGCUCCGCCGUGGCCUCCUACGCCCAGGAGUGCACCAAGGAGGGCGCCUGCGUGUUCUGGAGGACGCCCGACCUGUGCCCCGUGUUCUGCGACUACUACAACCCUCCGGAUGAAUGCGAGUGGCACUACGAGCCCUGCGGGAACCGCAGCUUCGAGACCUGCAGGACCGUCAACGGCAUCCACUCCAACAUCUCCAUGUCCUACCUGGAGGGGUGCUACCCCCGGUGCCCUACGGACAAGCCCAUCUAUGACGAGGACCUGAAGAAGUGUGUCACGAAAGACCAAUGCGGCUGCUACGUGGAGGGCUCCCACUACCCUCCUGGAGCGUCCGUUCCCCCCAAGCACGAAUGCGAGUCCUGCGUGUGUAGCAGCUCCUCGAAAGUCUGCCAGUGGGAGGAAGGGAAAAUUCUCAAUUACACCCAGAACGGUGCCUUCUGCUACUGGGAGAUCUGUGGCCCCAACGGGACGGUGGAGAAGCACUUCAACAUCUGUGUGUCCACCCCGACCCCUGUCUCCUCCUCGACGCCUCCCACCACGACCCCGGUGCCCACCACCACCACCACCACCACCACGCCCUCCCCUCCCAUCUCCAGCACAGUGUCGACCCCGCCUUCGACAACUCCGAAGCUGUGCUGCUUCUGGUCGGACUGGAUCAACGAGAAUCACCCGAGCCCCGACCCUGACGGUGGUGAUCGAGAGACAUUCGAGGGUGUCUGCCAGGCCCCCGAGGACAUUCAGUGCAGAUCGGCCACGGACCCCACCCUCAGCUGGGAGCAGCUGGGCCAGAAGGCCCAGUGCAGCGUCUCGGUGGGCUUCCUGUGCAAGAACGAGGACCAGUUUGGAAGUGCGCCGUUCGCCAUGUGCUAUGACUACGAAAUCCGUGUCAACUGCUGUCUGCCAAUGGACGUGUGUCCCACGACGGUGCCCACGACCACCACCACCACCUCAACAAGCACCCCCACCCCAACCACGACCCCCACUACCACCUCUACAGAGACCCCAACACCAACCCCACACCCCACCACCACCACCACUGAGAUACCAACCACAACACCCACCACCACAGUGACCACCACACCCACCAUCUCUCCAACUACCCCCACCCCAGAAUCGACGACCACACUGACGACCACGACUACAACAUCCACAGCAACAUCAGUGCCCACGAGCACGUCCACAGGACACACUACGUGCCUGGAUGACUGCAGGUGGAUGGGCUGGCAGGAUUCUGGGAAACCGGACUUUAGCAAACCAGGUGGAGACACUGAGUUCAUCGGGGACACCUGCCAGCCGGGCUGGGCAGCCAACAUCUCCUGCAGAGCUGCGAUGUACCCGAAUAUUCCCAUCGAGCAGCUCGGACAGACUGUGGUGUGCGACCUCUCAGUUGGGCUGGUGUGCAAAAACCAAGACCAGAGGCCAGGUGGAGUCAUCCCUCAGCCCUUCUGCCUCAACUAUGAGAUCAACGUCUACUGCUGUGGGUACUGUGUCCCCACCCAUAGCAGCACCACCACCAUCACCACCACCACUAAGACACCAACCACGACACCUCACACCACUACCACCGCCACUGAGACACCAACUUCGACACCCACCACCACCUCUACAGGGACCCCAACUCCACCUCCCUCCACCACCACCACCAUUGAGACACCAACCCCACACUCCACCACCACCACCACCACCACUGAGACACCAACCACGACACCUCACACCACUACCACUGCCACUGAGACACCAACCACGACGCCCACCACCACCACCAUUGAGACACCAACCCCACACUCCACCACCACCACCACCACCACUGAGACACCAACCACGACACCUCACACCACUACCUCUACAGAGACCCCAACUCCACCUCCCUCCACCACCACCACCACCGAGACACCAACCACGACACCUCACACCACUACCACCACCACUAGGACACCAACCACAACGCCCACCACCACCUCUACGGAGACCCCAACUCCACCUCCCUCCACCACCACCACCACCGAGACACCAACCACGACACCUCACACCACUACCACCGCCACUGUGACACCAACCACAAUGCCCACCACUACCUCUACAGAGACCCCAACUCCACCUCCCUCCACCACCACCACCACCGAGACACCAACCACGACACCUCACACCACUACCACCGCCACUGAGAUACCAACCACAAUGCCCACCACCACCUCUACAGAGACCCCAACUCCACCUCCCUCCACCACCACCACCACUGAGAUACCAACCACGACACCCACCACCACCUCUACAGAGACCCCAACACCAACGCCGCACCCCACCACCACCACCACUGAGAUACCAACCACGACACCCACCACCACAGUGACCACCACACCCACCACCUCUCCAACUACCCCCACCCCAGAAUCGACGACCACACUGACGACCACGACUACAACAUCCACAGCAACAUCAGUGCCCACGAGCACGUCCACAGGACACACUACAUGCCUGGAUGACUGCAGGUGGACGGGCUGGCAGGAUUCUGGGAAACCGGACUUUAGCAAACCAGGUGGAGACACUGAGUUCAUCGGGGACACCUGCCAGCCGGGCUGGGCAGCCAACAUCUCCUGCAGAGCUGCGAUGUACCCGAAUAUUCCCAUCGAGCAGCUCGGACAGACUGUGGUGUGCGACCUCUCAGUUGGGCUGGUGUGCAAAAACCAAGACCAGAGGCCAGGUGGAGUCAUCCCUCAGCCCUUCUGCCUCAACUAUGAGAUCAACGUCUACUGCUGUGGGUACUGUGUCCCCACCCAUAGCAGCACCACCACCAUCACCACCACCACUAAGACACCAACCACGACACCUCACACCACUACCACCACCACCACUGAGACACCAACUUCGACACCCACCACCACCUCUACAGGGACCCCAACUCCACCUCCCUCCACCACCACCACCAUUGAGACACCAACCCCACACUCCACCACCACCACCACCACCACUGAGACACCAACCACGACACCUCACACCACUACCACCGCCACUGAGACACCAACCACAACGCCCACCACCACCUCUACAGAGACCCCAACUCCACCUCCCUCCACCACCACCACCACCGAGACACCAACCACGACACCUCACACCACUACCACCGCCACUGAGACACCAACCACAACGCCCACCACCACCUCUACAGAGACCCCAACUCCACCUCCCUCCACCACCACCACCACCGAGACACCAACCACGACACCUCACACCACUACCACCACCACUGAGACACCAACUUCGACACCCACCACCACCUCUACAGGGACCCCAACUCCACCUCCCUCCACCACCACCACCAUUGAGACACCAACCCCACACUCCACCACCACCACCACCACCACUGAGACACCAACCACGACGCCCACCACCACCACCAUUGAGACACCAACCACGACGCCCACAACCACGUCUACAGAGACCCCAACUCCACCUCCCUCCACCACCACCACCAUUGAGACACCAACCCCACACUCCACCACCACCACUACCACCACCACUGAGACACCAACCACGACACCUCACACCACUACCUCUACAGAGACCCCAACUCCACCUCCCUCCACCACCACCACCACCGAGACACCAACCACGACACCUCACACCACGACCACCACCACUAAGACACCAACCACAACGCCACUCACCACCUUCUACAGAGACCCAACUCCAUUUACACCUCCCUUCCACCACCACACCACGCGAGACCCCACCAACGACACCCUCACCACUACCACCACGCCUGGGAGACACCAACCACAAACACCCACCACCACCACUGAGACACCAACCACGACACCCACCACCACCUCUACAGAGACACCAACCACGACACCUCACACCACUACCACUGCCACUGAGAUACCAACCACGACGCCCACCACCACCUCUACAGAGACCCCAACUCCACCUCCCACCACCACCACCACCACUGAGACACCAACCACGACUCCCACCACCACCACCAUUGAGACACCAACCCCACACUCCACCACCACCACUGAGACACCAACCACGACACCCACCACCACCUCUACAGAGAUACCAACCACGACGCCCACCACCACCACCAUUGAGACACCAACCCCACACUCCACCACCACCACCACACCAACCACGACGCCCACCACCACCACCACUGAGACACCAACCACGACACCUCACACCACUACCACCGCCACUGAGAUACCAACCACGACGCCCACCACCACCACCAUUGAGACACCAACCCCACACUCCACCACCACCACCACCACCACUGAGACACCAACCACGACACCUCACACCACUACCACCGCCACUGAGAUACCAACCACGACACCCACCACCACCACCAUUGAGACACCAACCCCACACUCCACCACCACCACCACCACCACCAUUGAGACACCAACCCCACACUCCACCACCACCACCACCACCACCACUGAGACACCAAUCACGAUGCCCACAACCACCUCUACAGAGACGCCAACACCAUCCCCGCACUCCACCACCACCACCACCACCACUGAGAUACCAACCACGACACCCACCUCCACAGUGACCCCGACCACCACACCCACCACCAGCACAGAAACCCCAGCCCCUACAAGCACAACACCCACUCAUAAGACCACCACACCAAAACCUCCGCUUGAGUCCUCCUCCCCUCCAGUAUCUCAGUCUACCUCCCCCUCGUCCGCGGAGUCAACCACGCCUCCUACCACCCCUCCGACAACUGUGAAGACAACCAGCACACCUUCACCGCCCCUGGGAAGCAGCUCUCCUGGCAGCACCCCUCCAGGCUCGCAGACCUCAGGUUCCACCUCCCCAAAGACCACCCCCACCAGCAGAACCACGACUGGGCCCCCCUCGCCCUCCUUGAAACCCCUGUCCACACCCACACCCACACCCAAUCCCAUGACGUUGUCAACGACUACCACGGGAACCUCUACCCCAACAGGACGCCCAUCGACCACGCCGCCCACACCGCCUGCGCCCCCGUCCACCAGCACUUCAACCCGCACGCCCACCCCCACGGUGACCCCGAUAUCCACCCCCGGCCUGAUCAAAUGCUGCGUUUUGAAUGACACCUACUAUGCACCAGGUGAGAUGGUGUACAACGGCACCCACGGAGACACCUGCUAUUACGUGAACUGCUCCCUGAACUGCUCCUUCGAGAUCUUCAACUGGUCCUGCCCGUCCACACCCACCCCAACGCCCACACCCUCCAAGCCGACACCCAGCUCAACCACGACCACGACCCAGCUGCCCGUCAUAUCAAGCACGCCAACCAUCCCCAAGCCCCCCGGGUGCCCGGACUUCGAUCCUCCCAGACAGGAGAACGAGACCUGGUGGCUGUGUAACUGCACCAAGGCUGUCUGCAAGCAUGACAACACCGUGGAGCUGGUGCAGGUGGAGUGCAAGCCUCCACCCAUGCCCACCUGCUCCAACAACCUCACGCCCGUGCGUGUCCUGGAUCCCGACGGCUGCUGUUGGCACUGGGAGUGUGACUGCUACUGCACGGGCUGGGGGGACCCGCACUACGUCACCUUCGAUGGGCUGUACUACAGCUUCCAGGGCAACUGCACCUACGUGCUGGUGGAGGAGAUCGCGCCCACCGUGGACAACUUCGGGGUCUACAUCGACAACUACCACUGCGACGUCAACGACCAGGUGUCCUGUCCCCGCACGCUCAUCGUGCGGCACGAGACGCAGGAGGUGCUGAUCAAGACCGUGCAGAUGGCGCCCAUGAGGGUGCAGGUGCUGGUGAACAAACAGGCCGUGGCGUUGCCCUACAAGAAGUACGGGCUGCGGGUGUACGAGUCGGGCAUCAACUACAUGGUGGACAUCCCCGAGCUGGGCGCGCUCAUCUCCUACAACGGCCUCUCCUUCUCUGUCAAGCUGCCCUACCACUUGUUUGGCAACAACACCAAGGGCCAGUGUGGCACCUGUACCAACAACACGGCGGACGACUGCAUGCUGCCCAGCGGGGAGGUCAUCUCGGACUGUGAGGUUGCCGCUGACCAGUGGGUGGUGAAUGACCCCUCCAAGCCACACUGCCCCCACACCAGCUUCACCACCAGGCGCCCAGCCACCACACCCUCCGGGGGCAGCAGCACCUCCCCACACAAGAACUGCUCGUCACCUCUCUGCGACCUCAUCAAGGACAGCCUGUUUGCCCAGUGCCACGCCCUGGUACCCCCCCAGCACUACUACGAUGCCUGCGUCUUCGACAGCUGCACUGUGCCCAACUCUGGCCUGGAGUGCGCCAGCCUGCAGACCUAUGCAGCCCUCUGUGCCCACGAGGGCGUCUGCAUCGACUGGCGGAACCAUACCCACGGGGCCUGCUCGGUGACGUGCCCGCCCCACAGGGAGUACCAGGCGUGUGGCCCUGCAGAUGAGCCCACCUGCAAAUCCAGCUCCUCGCAGAACAGCACCGUGCUGGUGGAAGGCUGCUUCUGUCCCAAGGGCACCACGAGCUACGCCCCUGGCUUUGAUGUCUGCGUGGAAGUGUGCGGCUGCGUGGGACCCGACAAUGUGCCCAGAGAGUUUGGGGAGCACUUUGAGUUCGACUGCAAGGACUGCGUCUGCCUGGAGGGGGGGAGCGGCAUCGUCUGCCAGCCCAAGAAGUGCAGCCAGAAGCAUCCCCCCAAGUGUGUCGAGGACGGCACGUACCUGGUCACGGAGGUGGACCCCUCUGAUACCUGCUGCAACGUCACCUUCUGCAAGUGCAAUGCCAGCCUGUGCAAGGAGCAGCCCCCGCUGUGCCCGCAGGGCUUCGAGGUGAAGAGCGAGAUGAAGCCCGGGAGGUGCUGCCCCCUUUACUCCUGCGUGCCCAAGGGCGUGUGUGUUCUUGGGAACGCGGAGUACCAGCCCGGCUCCCCGGUGUACUCAACCAAGUGUCAGAAAUGUGUCUGCACCAACAUCACAGACAGCGACACCCAGCUCAACCUUGUGUCCUGCAGCCACGUGCCCUGCAACACAACCUGCAGCCCCGGCUUUUCACUGGUGGACGCCCCGGGCGAGUGCUGCCCGAAGUGCCAGCAGACACACUGCGUCAUCAGCAGGCCAGGCGGGGAGCCCCUCUUGCUGAAGCCCGGGGAUAUGAAGGGUGACCCCAAGAACAACUGCACCUUCUUCAGCUGCGUGAAGAUCCACAACCAGCUCAUCUCGUCCGUCUCCAACAUCACCUGCCCCGACUUCGACCCCAGCGCCUGCGUCCCGGGCACCAUCACCUUCAUGCCCAACGGCUGCUGCAGGAAGUGCAUCCCUCGCAAUGAGACCAAGAUCCCCUGCUCCACUAUCCCCAUGUCCAAGGAGAUUUCGGAUGGCGGCUGCUCCGCGAGGGUCAACAUGAAUUACUGCUCCGGAUCCUGUGGGACCUUUGCCAUGUACUCGGCCGAGGCGCAGGGCCUGGACCACAAGUGCUCGUGCUGCAAGGAGGAGCGCACCAGCCGGCGCCAGGUGCAGCUGCACUGCCCCGACGGCACCUCCCGGCCGCACACCUACACGCACAUCGAGAGCUGCCUGUGCCAGGACACCCUGUGCGAGAUCCCGCUGGCCCGGCGCCGGCCCCCCAGCCGCGGCCGCCGCUCUGGGUUCCCGGACCUUUCUCCGAGCAGGGGCUGAGUGGGUGGGCACCUGCCCAGGCCCCACCUCCACCACCCUGCGCCCCUGCAACCUGCUGAUUCUCUGAACUUCCUGCCUUCCUCUCUACGGAUAUUUAUUUUCCGAGCCUUUGUUCAGUCUUUUCUGUGCUUUCCAAAAUAAA